UUCUGUUGUUUAUGUCUGCCAGCAUGGUCCCCUGUUAGCUCAUGUUUUUAGCAGAGACUGGUUAAACAGAUUAAACAAAUUGAGGAUUCCGCUUCAGUUUUAGCUGCUCAAUUACAAACUGGGUUAUUCUGAGUCAGAAAAUGGCGAAUGAUUGUGGAAAAUUGUCGAAAAACCUCUUGCGCAUGAAGUUCAUGCAGAGGGGUCUGGAUGCUGAGACCAAAAAGCAGCUGGAAGAAGAUGAGAAAAGAAUAAUGAGCGAUGAACACUGGUAUCUGGACCUACCUGAGCUUAAAGCGAAAGAAAGCUUCAUUAUAGAAGAGAAGAGUUUUGUUCCCUGUGAAGACCUGAGGUAUGGCCGCAUGUCCUUCAAGGGCUUCAAUCCAGAAGUCGAGAAACUGAUGUCUUUGCUGAAUCCUAAAGAUGAAGAUGAGCGCAAAGAAGAGGACAUAAGCAAAAUGCAAACAGACGUGACUGAUGAGGAAAUGGCACUAAGGUACGAGAGCUUAGUGGGAAGCAUGAAGAAAAAGUUUGCCAAAAACGGGGAGAGAGCAGCCAUCGAGGAGCAGGACGCCAACCAAAAUGUGUUAGAGAAAAACAAGAGACACUUUCUCAAACCUCAGACUGAGCUCACAUGUAAAUUUGUAGAAUACAUUUUUUAUAUGUGUCUUUUUUAUGCAGCAUCUUUAUAGCUGUCUAUAAAUGUCAGCGAUUGUAAAGAAGCAGAUUGUACAGUU